ACUGCGUCAGACGUAAUAGGAAAAGACUUGCACCAAUGAUGCGUUUCGUCAUCGGUCUGAUUACCCUGUCUUGCCUUUCCUUGUCGGUUCUCAGCGAUGCUGAUGAUCGAGAAGCCCUUAUAUACAAAGUGGACAUUGUUCUGCCCCCUAAGGAGGGGAGGAAUGAGAAAAAGGAUAUACUACGCAUUCGGAAGACAUUGAAACAAUUAUCUGGCAUCCGUGUUCUGUUUUCCUUUAAGGAGCUCGGGAAUCCACUGGUUAUUCUUGUUCUUGACGUUGAGAAAGCAUGUGCAUGGUCCCAGCUGACAGGGUUUCUAUCACGGCGGGGAUAUGAGUUCAGCACGAAAUCCCUCUACCACAUCAGCGACUUCGCCAGGGGGCUCGGUGUCAACAAUUCCGAUGAUCUCUGGGCAACGUCUUUCGAUAGUGAAUACAUUGUGAUUGACAGUGUGAAUCUUCAUGUCAAUGGCCUGUCAACACUGGAGUACUACCAGAUGAUGAAGUGGACAGUUGAGAAAACUAUAACCACCGCCAAAUCCGGCCAGCAAAUGACAUGUUUUAAAACUCUCGCAGCGAAUCCGGUGGAACUGUUCUAUAUCGGGCCAGUUAGGCAAUCUACGAUAGAGUACUAUGAACAAUAUAUGCAUGGACCUCGACGCUAUCAGAAUGAAGUUAAACGAAUGAAAAACCUUGACGACUGCAAAGGAGUGAGCAAAACGGACUAAAUGGUGAUCAAACAACAUGUCCAAGUCAUUGUUAUGAUUUAACAUGUCGUACAGUAAUGUGAACAUAUGAAUAGUAUUGUUCUCAUAUACGAUACCACAAAUUUGACUGAAUAAAUGUAUUCAUUCCA